AUGAGCUGCAGCAUGAAAACAAGUUCAUACAAUAAUCUGUCAAAGGAUUAUUGCGAAGACAAACUUGAUGAAGAUCAUAAACUAAGUGCAGAAUUCAAGGACACGCUUGCCGUGUGGAUUUACCUCUAUGUUGAAGAGCUUGACGCAAAGAUGAAAGUAACUAUAAGAGGACAGCCUGAUGAAGAUGCAGUUCUCACUCAGUCAAAAACCUAUGCCCUUAAAUAUGUGGGGACAUCCAACUCUGUAUUUCUUAUACCUCCUUCAGAUAAAGCUGUGAAAGAAUGUAAUGAGAAAGAUGAUAUGAGCAUACCGAUUGCAUCGGUUAUCAAAGUUGCACUAGGCAACAUGGAACUUGUUGAGAAACCCCCAAUUCUAUCAAUAACUCAACAGGAGUUCUUGAGCACUGAUUCAAGGACGUGGGUCUGA